CAGUGGACGCUGUGACUGGCCUGGUAUUCACUCAGUAAGAUGCAACAGUAUCUCCCAAUCCAAGCAGCCUGAGCAGCUAUUGGCGGCAGGUCGGCUCCCUAAAAGGCUGGCGUUUGCCAAUCUCUGUGCUCUGCCAGGUCCUGAAAUCAGCGAUUUGAGGGCUGAUGGUGUGCACAUGUCCACUGGGAGGGAGGAAACCACAAAGGGAAGAGGGACUAGACUCCAGGGGAUUCUGGCUCCAGUUUGAUUUUCCUCUCAAUUUAUUCUGUCUAUUCAAAGAAAAAAUAUAUGUAUAUAUAAAAAUUACACACAUAUGCACACACUUUUUUUCCCCCUCUGAAUAUAGAUCCAGAAAUUGUUUUUUCCAAUUUGGGAGUUUUCCUGCUUUCUCUCCUUGCCCUGUCCUCUGCGCCCUCUCUCCCUCUCCCUCCCUAACCUACUUUAGGUUGAAACUUUGCAUUGCAUAUUCCCUUCACCCCCUCCGGGGAUGGCUCUGAGCUCUCGGGCUCUUGCCUUCUCCGUGGAAGCCUUGGUGGAGAGACCCAGGAAAAGGAAACUGCAAGAUCCAAGAGAGGAGACACAGCCUGAGUUGCUGAAGAAAGAGGAGGGAGAGGAGGAGGAGAGAAGGAACUGGACAGCAGGGAAGAAGAGCCAGCAGCCCGAAAAACGACCCAAGGCAGAGCCUUCAGCAACUGCUUUCUCAGCCUGUAGCGGCAGCGACAGUGACGACAGUGACCACAACAGAGGCAGAAAUCUGGAAGAGAAAGGUGCUAUCCAAGUAGAGCUUCAAGGAUCCGAACUGUGGAAGAGAUUCCAUGACAUUGGGACUGAGAUGAUCAUUACCAAGGCUGGCAGGCGGAUGUUCCCCUCUGUUCGAGUCAAAGUGAAAGGGUUGGACCCAGGGAAGCAGUACUAUGUGGCCAUCGACGUGGUGCCAGUAGAUUCCAAACGUUAUAGGUAUGUGUACCACAGCUCACAGUGGAUGGUAGCUGGGAAUACAGACCACUCUUGCAUUACUCCCAGGUUCUAUGUUCACCCGGACUCACCCUGCUCUGGAGAGACCUGGAUGCGGCAGAUCAUCAGCUUUGAUAGAUUGAAACUCACCAACAAUGAGAUGGAUGACAAAGGUCAUAUCAUUCUGCAGUCCAUGCACAAGUACAAGCCCCGUGUGCAUGUGAUGGAACAGGACAGCAAAGUUGACUUGUCCCGGAUUCAGUCCCUGCCCAUUGAAGGGGUUAAAACGUUCCUCUUUAAAGAAACUGAGUUCACCACAGUGACUGCUUACCAAAACCAGCAGAUUACCAAACUGAAAAUCGACAGGAAUCCUUUUGCUAAAGGAUUUAGAGAUCCUGGAAGAAACAGGGGUGUAUUGGAUGGGCCUUUAGAAAUCUACCCAUGGAGGCCUUCUCUCACUCUGGAUUUUAAAACUUUUGGUGCAGAUACACAAAGUGGAAGCAGUGGCUCAUCUCCAGUGACCUCUGGUGGAGGGACUCCUCCUUUGAACUCAUUGCUUUUUCCACCCUGCUCUCUGCCUACAUUUCACUUAUCUACAAGCUCCCUUGGAAUGCCCUGUCCGGAGGUGUAUCUGCACAAUAUCAACCUGCCCCUUUGCUACAAGAUUUGCCCAAAUAACUUUUGGCGACAGCAGCAUCUUGUUUUGCCACCUCCUGAAAGACUAGCAAGCAGCAACAGUUCUCAGUGUUUAGCCCCACUCAUGAUGGAACUUUCCACAUUAUGUUCUCUGGGGAUCGCCAAUUCAGAAAAUGGUUCAUUUGAAGACUUGAAUGGGCAGUGUCUACAGGCAUCUAAUUCUUCCAAUCAAAUGUUGUAUGGAUUACAGUCACCUGAAAAUAUUUUAUCACCAAGCUCCAUUGGCCAGGAAGCAAUUGGUUGCUCUCUCCAUCCUUCCUGUGGUUUUUAUAGGUACAACUCAGUGCCAUCUAGACUGGUAAAUGCUGCCAUCCAUCUCAAAGUGAAUGAUAAUAGUCAAGUUUCUUUUAGAGAAGGCAAAUCCAAUCACGCUUAUUGGUGUCCAACAAUUAAUCAUUGCCUUUAAUGGAAUAGUCACAAUCCUAAAACAAUUACACAUAAGCAUGUAUUUUCUUUAUUUGUAUCCAAAGAAAGGUCAAGAGCUAUUGGGCUUUAAAGACUUUAUUAUCAGAAGGUGUUUCUGUUAUGCAUUUAAAGUGCCUUAUCAGAUGUUCAAAAGAAGUUGUUAUAGGUCAAAUAUGACCUGAAACAAUCUCUGAUUAUGGUGGUCUUGGACCUCAAAGUAAGUCAAUAAACAUUAUUUGAUGAGAUAGAC